AUGUUUACGUUCCCCAACUAUCGACGGCGUCGGUCGCCACCGCGCAAAGAUGCUGACACGAAAUCCCGCAACAAGACAAAGAGUUGCUCUGAUGACGGUGCCGAUGAAAACCGAAAUCCCGCCAUUCAGGGUGGACGCACGGCAGCCAUUGUUCACCCAAAGGCAACGCCUAAACAAACCAAAACGUCGAGCAAGUCCAACUUUACUCGUCGACCCGGUUUUGACGAUUUGCCAGUGGUUAUCAAGCCCUCUUCUCGCCGGAACAGCCGACGUCGUCGGCGUGUCACUCCUGAAGCCAUCCGCGCCCUUCUGGUUGGCAAAUCGUCCCAGGGACAAUCGCAGAAAUCGUCUCAAGAAGAGCAGAAAGAACGAUCGCCUUCGCCGCCGCGAAAUUGCAUUGUGAGAAGAGCGUCGACUGUCGCAGGUGUUCACGAACGGCGAUUUCGCCGAGAAUUGUCGCCAACAUCCGAGCGCUAUUUUGGUGACAUGCUCGACGAUGCUGUUGCUGGAGUCGGGCCUUGCAUUUCUCUUGGUCAUGUUUGGACCGAGAAGGAACAAGAAGAGGCUCGCCGUAUUCGACGCGAAGAAGAAGCGGAAAAAGAGCGCGCCAAAAAUAGCAAAGAGCGAGCUAAACGUGCCCGGGAAAAUGCAAAAAAAGCUGCUGCUUCCUCCGACGAGUCGCUGCCAGAACAAUUUGGUCAAAUGGGCUUUCAACAGUCCAUGGUUGAUGGACCAAAAGAACCAAUUCCUACUCCGAGUGCGCAAGUUGUUGUUGGUGGUCGACGCGCUCCUUUUGAGCUAAACUGGACUGACGAUUGCGACGCGGCGUGCCCCGUCGAUGGCAAGCCAAAACGAUGGCAAUUGACGCUCAAGGAUCUUCAGCGAAUUUUUGCAACUGCGGUGGAUACCUGCGAUGGCAUUCCUGCGUCGCUGGCGGAUACACGACUUGGCUGGUAUCUUCAGCAACUCGGCAAGAUCGCUAAGGUCUCUGACGAUGUCUCCGAACAGCGCAAACAACUUCGGGCGCUGCUCGCGAGCCUCAACCGCAAUUCGCCCCGAUUUAUCUGUGGCUACCCUUCGUAUGGCAUUCUGGAGCCUAGCAAGCCUUGGCAUACAUUGGGAAGUUUUUAUCCUGUAUUUGCCCAGGAUCUUUUUGGCCGAUACAUUGUCCGACAACUCUACGUUUGGGCGUUCUUUGGAGACGACGAUUGGCGUUUGAUCAAUAUCGACCAAAGCGGAGUGCUUGGCCAUAUCAGCAAACUUGUCGAUGUGAUCAACGCUCUCGGAGUCAAAACGGUCUUUCCUUGGCCGUCGAAGGAGACGACGUCGUUUGCUGCUUACAAAGCAAUGUUUUUGCUCGCUGCUGGCUUCAUCCCAACAACUAUGAAACAGCCAUACGCUCUCGAAGCUUCAAUGGCAAAUGAGCAGACCUUCAAAAUUCUUUGCCUUGGCGACGAAAUCAAGCAGCCUCCUUGCGCAAAACAACUUCGCGCUAUCGAACGAUCCCUUGAACUCCGAAUUUGGCGAUCGGUUCCGGAGUGUAUGAAUGCUGUUUACCAUCUCGAAGCAAAGAAGCAGCAUGCGACCGACUCUUCGGAGGAGCUCUGGACGUUGACCUUCGGAGAGCUUCAAAAGCGUCUCAAUCGGUCAAUUGGGAUCAACGCGUUGUCUCGUCAACGCAACCUCACAAAAGCGCAAGUCGGAGAGCUUGCGCUUAUUCGCGCAAUGGAUGCAGUCUACGAUGCUCUGCCUCCCAUUUUCACCAACUUCAAAUUUGGUGUCACGGAUGAAUUGGUGGCCAUGUUUCUGUUUGGCAAUACGAUUUUGCCGCCGACCGAGGAUCCAAAUUUCCUCCAUUUAUUUGGCGUUGUGGAUCCGAUUACUGCUGGUCUCGCGGAUUUCUACAUGCGUGGCGAGGUCAGAUGCGAGGAUUAUAUCGCAGCAGUGGACUCUGCAAAGAAAACGCGAGAGGCCGUCUUGGAUGAGCUCUUUCAGAAUAUGCUCGACAUGGACGUCUUUGGGAUCAAAGAAAACGAUCUCAUUGACACUAACGUUCGCAACGCUGGACCCGAUGAAGACUCAUCUUUGUCUUCGGAAGCAGAACGCCGUCGAGAUCUUGCAGUCAUUGAGCCAUUUUCGACUUCCAUGUCUUCGUCCGCGACUCAGGCCCGGGGCGAAAAGAAAAAGAAGGACAAAAAAGCUGACAAGAAUGGCCCUCGAUCGUCCUUUGGAGCGUCCCAGCUUGGUGCGCAAACUCUUGAUACGGUUAGCGAAAGCUCCUUCCCCACCUGUGACCCCUUCAAAGAAGCCGUCAUUUCUUUGGUCAGCAGCGACAGCAGCUCUUCCGAAUCCGACGCCGGCUAA